AUGAAAUCGGGGCUUCACCCAAACCCGAAUCACAUUUACCCCAUCCCCUCCCUCCCUCGACUUCCCCCAAAUAAACUCAAGAACCCUAACCUUUCUCCCGAUUCUCCUAUUCUCUUCCCCGACGAACAGAGUGGAGUCGAUUCGCCAGCUCCGCAGUCUGUCAACAUCUCGAACAUCGGGCGCGGCGCAGGGACGAACAUCCUUGACGGCAGCUUCGAAACCUUCGGGCGUGGCGGGCAGGGAGGAAGCUUUUCGGACGGCAUGUUCGACACCCAUCCUCGAUUUCUUCUUCAAUCAUCGUCGCUGACCUUGCGCGAGUGCUUGUAUCAUCGUCUUGGGAGGAGUAGAUGA